AGAAACAUUCAGCCUCUUCAACAUGCAUAGCUCUACCCACUUAGGCGUGGUUUACGGAGCGCUUUUUGAAAUAAGCGCUGGUUUAGUCAAAUGCCAAACGAUCGAGUUCUGUGGCGGAGCUCCCUAUAAAAUAGCGCGUGGAGCUAGUAACGAGCUGUUGGAUGAAACGUCACUAUUUUCUAUUUUUGCCGAGACAUACGAGGAUUACCACAGAGUUCCCUGGCGCACAGAAAUUAUAAUCUUCAACCUGCGAGGACAGAUAGGGACACCAGAAACAUUCCAAGCAAUUCAGAUCAAAGAAAUGGAUUUGAUAAUUAUAUUUGUCUGGGCAGUAGCAUGUCUUGUGUCACUGGUGUCACAGUCUUAUGCCACAGCUCAGAACGACUUGUCUUUGUGUCUCACCUGCAAUGAUGAGAGGUGUCCAGCGAUGAAAACCAUUUACGACUCAAUGACAAAUGACAAACUGUGGACGCAAAGUACUGCAAUGUCUGCCCUCCUUGACUGUUCCCUGACCUCGUUUCCCUCUUCUGGGAAGUGUGUGCCGUGUGUUGAGGACCGCAAGGUCAACAUUGUGUGCCCUGGCAUGCCCAAGGAUCUCAAACUGGACCUGGAGGACGGUAAAGGCCACUCCUUUUCCAACACUGAAGCCACAUGCCCUAGACUGAAGGCAGCUGGACCUGUUGGUCAAGCUGGACACAACAGUGGAGACGGGGGUCUUGCUGGGCGUCCUGAUACACAUGCCUCCACUUUGAUCCCUGAUGGCACUGGGGGCAUAUACAAAGGAGCAACGACCGCUAUUGUCAUGUCAGCAGCUGCCUUCAUCUUCUUGAACAUUUUUUAUUAGUACAGAAGCCGGACCAAAUCAAAUAAGCAGACAGGGGGCGGGGGUGAUACAGGGUUUACUGGCUCAACACAUGUCCCUCUCUAUAGGAGAACACAGGUUUAACACUCAUGUUUUGCUGGGUUUUAUACAAUCACUUAGCCUGUGCACCUGACUGUUUGUUGCCUUCUGCUUCUAAGCUGAGCUGUAAAUCAAAUCGUAUUUGUCACAUGCUUCGUAAACAACCGGUGUGGACUAACAGUGAAAUGCUUACUUAUGUAUGACUGAAAUAUACAGUAUCAUCAUUGAUGUGCUAGCUUUUGGCAGAUGUAUUUGAGUGAUGUCUUUUUUCUUGUGGUUGUCUUUACAGGUAUUGUCUAGUGUCCACUCAAAGGAACACCAGACCCAGUUAAAGUUACUAAAGACAAAGAUUGAUAUUGUGUGAGCCAAGGAAAAUAGUCACAUUUUAAUUAUGUUUUUACUGUUGAUUAAGUUAAUUGAUGUGACUGAUUAGUGUUCUGCAGAGUGGGACAGGAAGGGACGUCCAGAUUCAGAUACUGCAUACAAGGACAACAUGUUUGAGUUCAUAAAUGCUGCUCAGAAAGCCAUCUGGACUGAUCAAGCUGAUCUUGUCAGUCCACUUAGCCAACUACAAAACCACGAAGGAUGCAGUCAUAAUGUCAACAUGAACUGAAGUUCACAUGACCUAAACUCUAUUUUU